CUAUCUAAAUCCGCAGGAAUGUCACACGAGAGACCUACUUUUUACCGGCAGGAGCUCAACAAAACAAUGUGGGAGGUCCCGGAACGGUACCAGAACCUGUCUCCGGUCGGAUCGGGUGCUUACGGUUCUGUUUGUUCUGCGUUCGACGUGAAGACGGGCCUGAAGGUAGCAGUGAAGAAGUUGUCCAGACCUUUCCAAUCCAUCAUCCAUGCAAAAAGAACCUACAGAGAGCUGCGACUGCUUAAACACAUGAAGCAUGAAAAUGUGAUCGGUCUGUUAGAUGUUUUCACCCCUGCGACAAGCUUAGAAGAGUUCAGUGACGUCUAUUUGGUGACCCAUUUAAUGGGGGCAGACCUCAACAACAUUGUCAAGUGUCAGAAGCUGACGGAUGACCACGUCCAGUUCCUGAUCUACCAAAUUCUCCGAGGACUAAAGUACAUCCAUUCGGCAGAUAUCAUCCACAGAGACUUGAAGCCCAGUAAUCUGGCUGUAAAUGAAGACUGUGAGUUGAAGAUCCUGGAUUUUGGUUUGGCCCGGCACACGGAUGAUGAAAUGACGGGCUAUGUUGCCACUCGGUGGUAUAGAGCCCCCGAGAUCAUGCUCAACUGGAUGCACUACAACAUGACAGUGGACAUCUGGUCAGUGGGCUGCAUCAUGGCCGAACUUCUCACCGGACGAACGUUGUUCCCCGGCACGGAUCAUAUAAACCAGUUGCAGCAGAUUAUGCGCCUGACGGGAACCCCGCCAGCCUCCCUCAUAAGCAGGAUGCCCAGUCACGAGGCCAGAAACUAUAUUAAAUCACUCCCCCACAUGCCCAAGAGAAACUUCGCUGAUGUAUUUAUUGGUGCCAACCCUCUUGCUGUGGACCUGCUGGAGAAAAUGCUGGUGCUAGACACGGACAUACGAAUCACGGCGUCCGAAGCGCUGGCCCACCCCUACUUUGCUCAGUACCACGAUCCAGACGACGAGCCCGAAGCCGAGCCUUAUGAUCAGAGCUUCGAAAGCCGCGAGCUGGAAAUUGAGGAGUGGAAGAGAUUAACCUACGAAGAAGUGCUCAGCUUUGAGCCGCCAUCUUUCGACAGGGACGAAAUGGAAUCGUAA